GUUACCAGAGCAAGUGGGAAGGAAGAAUAAAUUGGGAAGCCGAAAGGUAUUGAAACUUUCUCCUCUCUCUCAAUUUUCAUCUCUUUUCCUUGUUUCGAGAGUGGGUCAGAAUCUUCUGGAUACGCGUUUCUUCUCCGGAAGCCAUAGGCAUAGGCCAAAGAAAAAUCUCAAACUCAGGUUCCUUGAAACUUCCUUCUCUCUCUCUCUAUAAAUCCAUCCCUCCCAUCCUACUUUUGAUCCAAACCCCAAAAACAAACAAACAAAAAAAGAAUCCCACAGCCAGAAGAAAGCGAGAAGAGAAGAGAAAGAAGAUGUGUUUGGUGUUUGUUUGCGACGAGAACCAGAGGGUGCUGUCGAGGCAGCCAGCUCCAGGGGCUUGCCCCUUCUGUGGAGGCAUGGUCCAGGCCACCGACAUUCAAACCCAGUGGAGCUUCUGUUUCCUCCCUCUCUACUGGAAAACCAAACGAAAGUUAUAUUGCAGCAUCUGCACCAGAGAAUUGGUUGUCCAGUAGAAUCAUCUAACUCUAUUAUCUUUCUUACAGUUUUGUUUUCUGUUUUAUGUUCGUUUUUUGUAAUUUUUUUUUAUCAGGGUUUGUGUAAAAUCUACCAGAGUAUACACUGUCUUAGAAAUAGAUAUGUACCUCGAUUGCCCAAAAA